AUGGAUUUCCAUGGCGGAUCUGUGUCCAACAUCACCCUCCGCAACUCGCCGAACUGGUUUCAAUUGGUGUAUAACUCGAGCAAUGUCGUUUUUGAUAGCAUGUAUCUCAACGCUCCAUCAAGCAAUAGCAAUCCUACAGCUAAUUCAGAUGGAUGGAAUACGUAUCGGUCUGAUAACAUUGUGAUCCAAAACUCUCGCAUUUUCAACUCCGACGGUGGGUCACUGUAUCCGUUCAAUGAUGAUCUGCUGACAUGGUUGGACUGUAAUCUGUACUGCAAGGGGUCCCAUGGUAUUUCCGUCGGUUCUCUUGGCAAAUACGUUGGUCAGGUAGACACUGAGGACAAUAUUCUGAUCUAUAACGCUUCUCUGAACAAUGCCUCGGAUGGCGCUCGUAUCAAAAUCUGGCCUGGAGCAACUGGCAAGUCCACCAACACUGGCGGCGGCAGUGGCUGGGCGAGGAACGUGACCUACGAUGGCAUGCACAACUAUAACAACGACUGGGCUAUUGAAAUGACAUAA